UUUCUUGUUUCAGGAGGAGUAUUAUGCAACAUCGACCGUCUGGAGUUGGUGAUGCCUCGAUACGCUAUCCGUGGUGGUGACGUCGCGCUGGUCUGUGACCACAGCGUGCCCCCAGAGCAGCUGUACAAGGUCGAAUGGAGGAAAGGGGACACGAAGAUUUUCCAGUAUAUCAAAGGCAGGAAACCGCCGUUCAUUUACCACCCGAUGAGUGGGGCUGAACUCAAUAAAACGAAUAGCAACGAACGACAAGUCCAACUAUCCCACUUGGACUUUUCUGCUUCCGGUUCCUAUUCUUGCACGGUUUCCAUGGAAACGCCCAUCUUCUCCAAAGACUCGGACAGCAAGGACCUCACAGUUAUCGAACCACAAGACGAUAAUCCAACGAUCGUAUUCGACAAGGACACAUACGAAAUCGGUGACAUCCUCCAAGCGAACUGCACCACUGCUCCAUCUAAGCCUCCUCCACACAUCACAUGGCUCAUCAAUAACGAAAAGGUGCCCGACCACUUAACGAAAUCGUUCAGCCCUAGCGGAGUGAUUCACGGCCACGGUUAUUUCGACACCCGUUCCUAUUCCGUGAAACAAUUGGCGAUCGAAGUGUCAGAACUCCAUGUCGGCGAUGACGGCACGCUGACUCUCAUGUGUCUCUCCACCAUCCCUGGAUACGUCAACAGCCAAGAAAGCUACGCGGACAGGAGGUCACAGUCAGUCCAAAUUGACAUUGAGAUGACAGAAGGACCAGUAGAAGCAGUAGCCGAUGAAAUGUCAUCUGCCCGGUGGUAUCUGUCGUCUACGAUCUGCCUAGCGCUGUCACUUUUGACAUUAACCUAUCUCUAAAAAGAUACGAUGAACUGGGAAAAGUAAGAUGAUCGAGUUAUGAAAGAGAUAAGUGUAAACUGCUUUGUGAUUCCUGUAUGUGAUAUUCAAACAGUAGUGAUGCUUUGUAUAUGAUAAAGCUAGCUUCUACAAGGCCACCUUAAUUUUCAUUAAAAAAUCAAUAGUGAAUGCAAAAUACGUAAUUUUGAAGGAUCAAUAGCUCAAUGGACCCAUCUUCAUUUUUCUAGGAGAGUUUAAGUCAAAAUUAUAUAUUCGAAUGACUUUUUUUUCAAAUGCCACUUGUGAAGUGCUGUGAAUUUAAUGAUUUGAGUUAAGGUACAAAAUGUUGACCGAUAUCACAUAUAGGUAAUGGCAGAAAAUGUGUGUGUACAUAUAAAAAGAAUAUUAGUCAAACGAGAGAAUAUAAUAGUCCAACUGAUAUGACUAUAUAAGUAUAGUUAGCGAAAUGAUUUAUCUAUUUUUUACGAAUCUUUUUUAUAAACAAAGGUGCUGCUGCAUUAUAUUUAAUCUGUAAGUACGCGUAUUUUUAUACCUUGAUUUCCCAUCAUUUUUUCCCGAAACAUGGCUGAAAUUACUUAAAUUUAAAUGUCUGUUAUGUUACAGUCCUUGAGCCCAAAUUUUGAUUAACUACAAAACUGGAAGAAUGCUUUCAAAACGAACGAAUGGUCAGUAUAUAACCUAUUUGUUCCUCCGAUAAAACGAUUUAGACCAAAUUUAGAUCUAUUUAAUUAUCCACCUUCCUUUCAAAGACGGGUAAUUUGAAUAAUUUCAACUUACAAAUACUAAUCCGCAUCUUUUGUUGAGGAACUAGUAGAUAUAACUUAACUAUUCCUUUGUUAUUCCUCAUUAUGCUCAAAAGCCUUAUCAUUUGUUAAGUACUUGUUAUAAUUUGCUACGUUGUGUAGAUACGUCUUAUCUUCAUUUUGAUGUGAAAUCCAAUAUUAUGCUCUCAAAUAUUUUAUAGAAAUAGCACAAGGACAUUCUACGUUCUUGCCGUAAUUGGUGUUUCUUCCAUCGUUUCCGAAAAUUCAGUGAAUCGCAAGAUAACUGCACUGAAUUUCUAAAUUCAUCGCUACAAUCUCAUAUUUCCAUUUUGAACGCCACGUUAUUCAAUGUCAAUAUUGAAAAUCUAGUUUCGGAGCACAAAAUCGUUCAGUUGUUCUGUCGCACAUAUUUUUUAAAAAAAAAUUCCGCACUCAGUGUGACUAUAGAUGUUAAAAGUGGACACUUUUUUACGAUGUCUAUCUCAAGAUUAGAGUGUUUACGUUUUAAAACUUGUUCUUUUAUUCGAAGUUACGGUUCUUAAGGCUACGAUAUGUACCUGAAUGUUUUGAUUUAAUCCUGAGAUGCACAGUUCAGUCUUCAGUGACGAAACUUUGCUAACGCGACGGCAAAAAUUAAAAAGUAGUUUAGUAGUAACAGAAGGCUGUUUCUGGAUCAUUUUGUCCUCAAGAGCUCUGGAAACUGAACUAGUUCGUAUUACUUUCUGGAGAGCAUAAUAUUAUCUCAGAGUCUUAGCAUAACUACAAACAAGCUUCUACAUAGUAUCAGGGUAUUCUUCAGAUUUUUCAAUAAAACUAUUCGUGUUUUCUAUGGUUACAAACUGAAAAUGAACAUUGUACUUAUCUGUCAAUUGAGAUAAUAUGUAAUGUAAAUAAAAUUACAUGUGCCCUAUGGAUAUUAUAUAUUAUUAAAUGUAUGACAUGCACUCGUUAUGAUGCGUUAAUUAAUGCUCAUUUUUUGUGAGAUUUCCGAAAACAUUGUCCACCGCAUACGCAUUUUUUGAAGUACGUGAUUCUAAUAAAAUCAAACGAACUUACCUACUUGUGGAAACGUCUCGUCGAAGUAAAUACUACUUGUAGUACCCUCGUAUCUCACCGAACCCACGAGUUCAAAGCGCGGCCAGCGAGCAGGCUUUGAACUCGCGGGUUCGGUGUGAUACGAGGGUACUACAAGUAGUUCUUGAUGUUACGUUAAUACCUUGGCGAUGUGUUAGUCUCAGAUUUAACAUACCACAAAAUGUCUAUUGUUGAAUUUUAAUUCCAGGGGUCAAUCGUAAAAUCGCCGCGUUAUCAAAUAGACAUUAGUAUCUGUAAAGGUCGAUUGAUUAUUCUCAAAUCGGCUGCUAAAGAUAAUACCAAGCACGCCAUCCUCAAGUCCCCCGUGCUCCCUAAUUUUAAUAUAUCGUGUUGUAAAUUAGAACCGCGGCAGCGCAAGUACGACGCGGAGGUUUUUUCAUGGUUUUUCCUUUAUAUUUAUCCUUGCGGAAAAAAUGAGGGCGACCUUACUUACAGCUAAUCCAUAUUUAUGACCCAACAUGCGCUUUAAAAAUGCAAGGAAGAUUAACAGGCUUAUACGGAUAUCCUGCAGCACCUUUUUAAUCCUCUGGAGGAAAAUAAAAAGUACGCGUUGCCUUGGAAAUGCUGCAGACGAUUGGAGAUAAAACUAUUUGGCCUUGAAAAUAUUUUAUGGAUAUCUAAUAGCAGCUGUAUAGUUUGCUGCUGAAGAAUCGGGUUGUGGAUGGUAUUUAGGUAUGAAAUAAGAUACAUGAAAUUUAACAUUUAACUGACACCAUAAAUGUACGAAAACUGAGUGCUUCUUUAUCACCAAAGAAUACACGCAGCCACCACAAACACUUAACAGAAAAACAUGACCAUUUUAUCGCUUGUUAUUCAUGGCAAGAUAAACCGAUAUCUAAAAAAUCAGUAUAUGUAUUAUAAAAUUCUGUUAUAACGCAAUGCUACUUUCAACCAUCAACAUGGUAACAUACACAUAGAAAUGGAAUAUAGUAGCACAGACAUUACCCAGAAUAAAGUUUCAACUUGCAUCGAAGUCACACUCAAAAUGCUUCAACAACAUUUAUAUUACGUUCGAGAUAAUUUUGGCAAUAAUGACAUCAUAUCAUCUCUCACUGAAGUGCCUCAUUCAAGAUCGCUAUAUUAUUAGGAAAUUAGUAAAUAACGUAUAUAGUAUAUUGUAGAGAUUUAAGGCUUGUUUAAUAGUGAUUAUUCAUUUAAAAGAAAUAUUCGAAAAUGGUGAACAAAUGAAUCAAAUACAGUAAAAAUAAUUCAUUAAUGUUAUACCCUGAAUAUAGAAUAUUAAAGUUGUUGUGUGACAAUGUUUUCAGAAAUAACGCUCUUUUUUCUAAUCAAAUAGGCUCAAUCCUCAAGAAAUCUUCGAAAAGAUUCCAAUAAGUUUUUGGACUGUUUAAAGCAUAAUUUGUUGCAGUUACUAAAGAAAAAUUAAAAAAUGUUUAGGUAAAGAAGAGUCACAGUAUGGUCGAUAUGACAUAUGAUUCUUUUUGAAAAAUAAAUAUUCCCGAACACUGUGGCUUCUACCUGACUAAGCUACAGUUUUUCCUCAGUAACUAGUAACAAAUUGAACGAUUUUCACUUUUUAGUUUUCCUGUUUCUAUUUUUGGUUUUGUUUAAUUGCAAAGACACAUAUAAAUGUUUAUUGUUGCUGUUGAUCGCAUGCUGAUUUGAACAUUGAUUGCUAACCUUGAUUGCCAUAAAUGAUCAAAACGUUUAUUCUAUGAAGUUUGCGUCAAUGUUGAAAGCAACUUGUCUAUUUCAUUAUAUAUAUUAUAUACGAAUUAAAUGUUUGUUUGAUAGUAUAAGGAUUAUAAUGAAACAAGAAAUGAUACUAUUCAAAUUCACAUUACAGUAAAAAUGUGAUGGGAUGUAUGUAUGAAUUUAUACACAAUCACUUUAUGAGUAUAACAUAAUAUGAGUAACAUAAAACAAUCAUUUUCGAAAAUGUACGGUCACAGUUGCUCUUUCGGUCGCGUAGACGGAAACAGCGUGUGAAAAAAUUAUAUGCAGUUAUAAAAUCCAAAUUGAAAAUUUUAUAUAUUGUAUUCAAGAGUAUAGUCGAGUGAGGUAGCUCGUCGCUGAGUUCUAGGCCUGCCAGACGAACCAUCAAGGCCCCUUAAGUUUAUUCAUGUACUGAGUUUAGUCACUGUUGAGAAGAAAUAGUACAGAAUUAUUUGAAAACUGCUAAGUAUCGUUAUAGAAAAGAAUAAAAGUAAGUAUUACAACCUGUUACCUGUUUGUUUGGGUAUUAUCAUGUAACUAAUAUACAGGGUGUUCAUUUAAAAACUUCCCACCCCGCAUUUAUCAAAAGCCACUGAUUAAAAAGAAAAACGCCGAGACGCGUCAAAGGAUUUGUCAAAGGGGACAACUUCUUAACCAAAAACUACUUCACCC